AUGGAUGGAUGUUCAGGUAAACGAUCGGUUAACCGGAUGGUCUUGCCUAGAAAAGCAAGCGGCACUGUACUGCUGCGUGAGAAUAUGAGCAAGAAAGAUGAAAAGAGUGUCUCUUUCUGCAGCAGGAUUGGUUGUAGUGCAAAGGUAUCUUACACCAAGGGAACUAGGAUGGUUAAUAAUACUAAACUUGGUUCCUCCUCAAAUGGGAAGGAGAUUGUUAGGAGUUCAUCUCGAACUCCAGGUGGAUUUGGAUACUUAAGAAAGCCGGCUACAUUUACUACUGGUAGUCCUCUGAUUGGUUCCUCAGUUUCUUCUUCUGGUAGCGAGCACACUGUAAAAGGUGGUGGUCUGAGCAGGAACGGAUUGAGGUGCAGUUCUGUGUCUGAAGUUCUUCCAACUAAUGCAACAAGAAUCAGUGUGACGAAGAGGAAAAACUCUGAUGGGGAGAGCAGCUCUUCUAGCACUAGAGCCAGUAAGACCAGCGUCUCAGGUACCAAGGGAAGGAAUCAAAGUUCUUCUUCUCGCAUCACAGAUUCUGAUAACAGAAGGAAUCGGAUAGUACCGAGUAUCAGAGGUAACAGUGUUGUUUCAGUUAAUGGUAAGAGAUCAUCAAGUAGUCAUAGCAGGCCGAGCAGUAACAGUGGCCCAUCACCUUCACGCUCAUUGGUGAGCCAGGAUAGUUUAAGUCGCUACAACAUUAACAUAAUAGCAGAGGUAAGUUUCCUUCACCUUGUUGUUUUGCUUUCAUUAGAAGCUUUGAGAUGA